CGCACUGCCACGCAUAUCCCGCAAUAUUUUCCCCAAUCAAUUAGUCAAACUUCUUCUAACUUCAUUUUCACGUAACGCCCCCCACCCAUUUUCACAUGCACAACCAUAUAUUUUUUACAUCUACGCAACUCUUGAAUCUUGCUUCUCUUCAAACCCCGCACUAGUUUUAGUUAGAGAUCGAUGAGCGAUCUACUCAGCAGCAUAUCGUCCUCAUCGUACGACAGCAGCAACCUGCUGCUGGCCGCUUUCAUCUCGUUGCUACUAGUCAUCCUCUUCGUCCUGCUCCUUCACAUCUACGCCAAAUGGUACCUCUCCCGUCGGAUGAGGACCACCACCGUCAUCACCUCGCUCACCCUGCAGCCGCCGUCCGUAAUCAACUACCGCUAUCACUUCCAAACCCAUCCUCCCCUGGCCACCGCAGACCACGAAGAAGGCGAUCAAGCCAGUGGUGGUGGCGGCAGCGGUCUCAACCCGUCCGUCAUUGCUGCAAUUCCGUUGUUCGUGUACAUCAACAGCAGGAGUCGUCGGAGUAGUAGCAGCAGCGGUGGUGGUGAGGGUUGGAUAGAGGAGCAGCAGGUGAGCAAGAGUGGCGUUGUUGUGAAUGUUAAGUACCAACACCAGUGUGUGAUUUGCUUGAGCAGCUUUGGCGAUGGGGAAGUUGGGAGGUGCUUGACUGGUUGUGGACAUGGUUUUCACGUUGACUGCAUAGACAUGUGGCUUCUUUCUCACUCCAAUUGUCCCAUCUGCCGAGCUCCGGCAGCUCCCCUGCCUCCUGCUGCUGCCGCCGCGGCAGAUUCCGCUGACGCUGUUGCUCCGAGUAAAGCUGAAGAUGAUGGUGCGGAGGUUUGUGUGUUGAUCAGUGGCAGUGGAGAGUCGUCUGUGUCUGUGGCUGAUGAUAGAGUGUAGAAUGUGUUUCCGAGGCAUAUCAUUUUUCGGGUGUUUGAGAUGGGAGUGAUGGCUGCAUCUUGUGCUGCUGUCAAAAUCAGCAUAAUCUUUCCAUCCUGUUAAUUAUUAGAUUUGAUUUUUUUGUUAGUGUUGCGAUGAUUUGGGGAAGAGGGUGUUCAAACGCAGAGUAAUGUUUAAUAAUUUACCAGUGUCUCUAAUCAAGACCCGAAAAUAGACAUUGUACAAUUAGUUGACUUCAACAAGCUAAGGAACAGUAAAACACACAAUGUGAUCAAGAUAUUCUGUGUUUUCAGGCGAUAAAUUCUUCCUGUUUGAACAUGAUUAAUGUACCUUCACUUUUUUUGACGAUUUUAAGACACAACUCAAAUCUCUUUAUAUAUAAUUUAAAUGAAGGUAUUUGAUUUAUAAUUGUUUUUUUGGUAACACAACUACAUUAAGUUAUCUUUAAUGGAAGUUCAGUAAAGAGUUCCAAACUAUGACUGAUAAAAACUUAACGUAGGUGUCAUGUGCAUGAUUAAAAAAAAAUCCCCUCCCUUUGAUGACUCUUCUUAUUUAUAGCCACAGGUGAUAAAAACAAUAGAGAAUCAUCACAUUGGGAACUGCUACAAAGAACUGCCCUCUUACUCGGACGUGGCUUGUGUGUCUUCGAACACAUGAUGAGUGAUAGUUGUUCCCUCAACCCCCCUAGCAAUUGUCAUGUGUCUUGAAGUGUAGCUUUCUUUACUUUGCCACAUUUCAAACUUCAUGCCUUUGUGAUGAGAUCUCGUGCCAUGCCAGGACUCAUGGGGAGCCUAUGAUCGUCUCAUCUCUCAGCUAUGGUCGUUUCCCGAUGCAUCUUUGCUCGGUUAAGACCUGGCGAGGAGCUAGCUUCCACAUGGUAAGAAGGCCACACCUUUUUUAACGCAUGCCCAUGGUCAUUUUCGUGUGCGGCCUCAGGACCAUAAACUGUGUUAUUGUGGCAUGGUCCUUGACGAGAAGGCCAUCUCCCAUUGACUCUUAGUCAUGCUCCUGUUGUACUUAGCUUCUUUGGCUUAAAAAAUAUAGCUACACAAAUCCAACUCAAAUUAAUUAUUUAAUUGUUACAAUUGAGUUGGUCUUAUAGGAGCAUUAGUUACCUUGGACACAAUCAAGGUGAUAUUGAUGUAUUUUUUUGGUGAAAAAUGAAUGCAGAACAACAAUACCUCUUACUCGUUAGUCAAUCUAGGGAAAGAACUCCCAACAAGAUCAUACAUAGACCAAUGUUUGAUAUGAAAAUCAUAAAAUGCAAACAUAAUGAGUCCUUUUGCGUGCUGGUUGUGAAAAUCUCCUAUUGCUAAGAGGAGUGUGGCGAAAAUAGAAGGUUUGAUCCAUACAUCUAGUCGGUAUCUUGCAUCCCAUGCGAGCUCCAAGCCUUUGACUAUCGCCCAAAUUCCAUUUGAGUGAUCAUAGAUUUUAUAAUAUUCAUUGUGUAAGCCCUCAAUAAACAACCCGUCAGUCUCUAAGCACACUUCCAAUGACGGUUGACCCGAAUUGUCGCAAAAUCAAACCAUCAGAGUUCAGUGUGAUCCACCCUAUCGGGUCUGAUCUUCGACCACGAUAGCGCUUUUACUAUACCCCAAUCUCCCAAGUGAUAUAAUGUGCUAUCUUGCUGUACUAUAUUGUGGUAUUUUCUCCUAGGAAAGGAUUUUUUGCGCUAGAUUAUUAGGUUAUUCCACAAUAGCUAUGAAAACAAGAUCGUUCCGAGAGAACGCCAAAGAAAUCAAUAGAUGACACUCAAAUUAUAGUGUUUAUCACCUCCCUUAUUUGAUACAUCAUUUUCCGUUCUAUCAAUGCAUCUUUAGUACCAUUUGAUAUAUUAGACAUGAAUUUCUUAACUAUUUGAUCAAUAAGCUUAUAAGAGACCU